AUCAGCUGUUACUCAGACAGAAAUAAAGGUUAUGUUUAUGGUUCUUGAAUGUUUUUAAAGAGAUAGAUGAAAAAUACGACCAAUUGUAAUGUCUAACAAUAAAAAUACUUUAUUGCGGGUAACGCAGAUGAACGCUGUAUAUUUAGACAAAGAAAUUUAUAACUCCUUAUAUCAGAUAUUUACUAAUGCAACCAGAAAUUUGCCACCUGGAAUACUAGCCUCAUAUGAAUCAGAGCUUAAUUUAAUUCUUCGAUUUAUGCUCCUUAACAAUUCCGUAGUUAAGAACGGAUGUACUUUUGGACAACAGCUUCUCUCUAUAAAAUAUGAAGAUAUAGGCACCUUUCAAAGAGUACUAUAUUUACUUGGACAUUGCUUAGAUUAUGUAAAAACCAGAUUUGAAAUUUGGAAACCGUCCCAUGACUUAAACAACACAUUUUACAAGAUUUACUUGUUUACAAAGCUUCUAGAUUUUAUCAAUCUAUCUAUAUUUUUAAGUAAUGGUGUAAAACCUCUUUUAAUAGAAAGAAUCCUUGGGCUAAACCAAGUUUAUGCAACUGAUAAUGCACAAAGACACUUCGAAUCUAAAUAUUUAGCAAGAGAAUUGCUUUGGAAUGGAUUUAUAGAAAUAAUAGUAUAUGUAAUUCCACUAAUAAACUACCACAAACUUCGCAGGAUGGUACGAAAUUUUAAUCCUUUUCACGUGAAAAACGAUUACUCCAUUUUACCAAACAAAGGUAUGACAAUGCAUACAAAAUGUGCUCAUUGUGGAGAAAACCCUAUUUUACCACACCAUAUGGGCUGUAACCACAUUUUCUGUUAUGUAUGCUUAAAGGGUAACCAAACUGCCGAUACAAUGUUUGAAUGUCCUCGUUGUGAACAUAAAAAUGCAAGUACUGUCUGUAUUAGGGUUACUGCUGCGUGAUGGCCUAUUUUUGGAUAGUUCUGGUGUUAAGGUGUACUUCCAAUAAAAGGGUUGUGAAGUUUUAUAAAUUAUUUUAGAAAAUUACUUACGUUUAGAAUUUUCAAUGUUAAAUCAGUUUGUAUUCCUAUCUAUAAAGUAUUUUAAUAAUAAAAAUAUUUCUAUAGUUUA